UAAUCCGUGCGACAGUCACUCAAUUGAGUGAACAUUUCGCACAUUUGUUGCCGUAAUUUGUGGACAAAAAGCAAAACACGAAAGCAUUUCACGAAAUGUUUGUCUAAAUUGUGAUUACAUUUGAUUUGAAUGAAUGUCUGAUUUAGUGAUAUAUCUCUCCCUUUGUGUCCCUCUUCUCAUUGUCUUCCUCUUAGCCGUCCUUCUCCUGAGACGACAGCGACAGCCCAGGGAUGACGACGAGGGCGACGACGCUGUGGCUGACAGACGGCGAAGAGUGUUGAGGGCAGCGACUGAUGGCCCCAAUGAAGGCCCUCCCAGACGAAGACACGUCCGACAGAAUCGGAUCCCUUUGAACGCCAACCGCAACGAAGACCUGGAUCCAGACGUCGAGGACGACGAGGGCAUUGACGCCGAACUGCCCGUUGACGGCAAGAUUGGGACCAAAAAACGCAAGAAAUUGGAGGCCAAGGCAGAGAAGAGGCAACAGAGGGAACGGGAGGUCCAGGAAAGGGAGGAACAGAAGGAGAAGAAGAAGGAGUUGGAGGAGAAGAGGCUGAAGGAGGAGGAGAGGGUCCGACUGGAGGAACAGAAACGGUCAGAAACGGAGCGUUUGGCUAAAGAGGAGAAAGAGAGACAAGAACUCGAGGAAUAUCUUAAGCUAAAGGAGUCGUUUGCCGUCGAAGAGGAGGGUUUCGACGACGACGCCGACGAAAGCGAAGCGCAAAACAAAUUGCAGACAUUUAUUGAUUACAUUAAGACUCAGAAAGUGGUUCUCAUGGAAGAACUCGCCGGACAUUUCCAUAUGAAGAUACAGGACGUCAUACAGCGAGUGCAGGACCUGUUAGCACAGGAGUUGAUUGUGGGUGUGAUCGACGACAGGGGAAAGUUUAUAUACAUCACGAAAGAUGAGUUGCAAUCCGUGGCUAAGUUUGUGAGACAAAGGGGUCGCGUGUCGAUCACCGAAUUGGUUGAGAGCAGCAAUACUUUAAUCAAUUUACAGCCAAUUCAAGAGACCAGUAUAUCCUCUUGACUCCAAUCACACCAUUAUAUCGCAAACUAUUGUAUUUAAAACACUGUUUUAUAUGAAAUAUAUUUUGUUUUAUAUAACAUUGAGUCC